CGACGUCUCCACCUACGCCGCAUUCCGCCGCUCCUUCACCGACCUCCUACACAGCGAGUUCCGCAGGCACCAGUACUUGGUCACCGCCAACCGGACACCCACGCUCUUCGCCGACCCGUCGCGCCUCCUCCACGCAGGCUCCGCCGCCCAACUCGCCCGCCUCCUCCGUGCCUACCACGGCAGACAGGUGAUCUUCUUCCUGGAGGAGCACGAUCAACCGUUAAUGUCUGCGCUGGAGGAUCCGUGCUGCUCGGACGGGGACCUCCGCAAGAUGGUGGCGUUCUUGGGGCGGCUCGUCAAAGGCAUGAUGAACUGCGGUCACGUGGACCGCUCUCUCGUGACUGGCUGCUCCCUCCUGGGCCGUACCUACACCCGCGUGGCCAACGGCCUCGUCUACCUCCGUAACUUUGACCACCCGGCCAUCGCCAAGUACUACGGCUUCUCUGCGGCGCACGUAGAGCGCCUUGCCACCACCUUCCGCCGGGGCAAAGAAGUGGACAGAAUGAGGCAGUGGUACGACCGCUACCGCGUCGAGGGCACCUACAGCGUCUUCCGCCCUCUUUCAGUCCUCCGCUACCUCGAGCACGACAGGUUCCGCCCGUACCCCGACCCUCACCCGCUACCGCUGCUGGCCGCUUUCCAGUUCGACGAGAUCUCUGAGCUGGUCGAGAGGUCGCUGACGCAGCUCUCGCGCCUCGAGGCCGUCACCGAUGACACGUUUUUGAGUGUUGACGAGUUGGUGGCCCUGAAGAGGUACCUGCGGCGCCAAGAAUUGGACCCCCGCUGGGCGGAGGUGUACCCCCGCUGGGUCCUCCAGCACCUCCUCGAUCACGGAUACUACACCGUCAACAAUACGGUCGACACCGCCGCCGCGGUGGAGAUCAGAGUGACCAACCGCGAGAGGGCGUUGCAGCUUAGGAACGCGCUGUACACGCGGACUUUCUUAAAGCGAAGGUAUUGGACGGCACUGGGGGGGAGAAAGACAGGAAAAACCAGGCUAAAUAAUUAGAAAGGUGUCAAAUAUUAAUAGACUACUUAUUUUCAGCCAGCUAACCCGGCAAUAGGUGUUGCGCAUCGACCGAGUUAGUGCCGUGCACAGCGAUUUUAGGGUUAUACUCCGACUGUGCAGAGCGUCCCUGUAUUUGGUGUGUACCUCAAAGAUCGAUGCAAAACUUCGAGUUAGAUCUGUUCAACACAAAGGUCGAUGCACAGCCCUAACUGGGUUGGCUUACUCAGAGUCGCACCAUUUCACCACAGAUGUCAUGUGGAUGAGAUUCAGUGAUAAGAUGGUAGUCAAUGUACAAAUAAAUACGUAGAGCCACGCAGGUUAAAUGACCAGGCACAUUUUUUUUUCAAUCAUGCAAUGAAGACCUCACAAAAAUUUGGAGCGUUUAUUAAAAUAUGUCUUCAUUCAAUUUUGAAAUGGAUAAGGAAAAUAAGACACGAAUGAAAUUUUCAUUUUCAACAUUA